AUGUCUGGACGCCAACAAAGAGUGUUGGUGCAACCCAUUAAUGUGAUCUUCAAAAACCUGCAGCAGCGAACAAAAGUCGUCAUAUGGUUGUAUGACAACAUCGAGAUGCGGAUCGAAGGGCGUAUCAUUGUACGUGCACUUUCUCAGUUUCAAACAUUUUUGGGCGUUGAAGCGCGUCUCUGGCAAGGCCAUGGCACUCUGUGUUUGCGUGAUGCGCGGCGAUCUUUCUUAUUUUUCUCCCUUUGCUUGAAUUAUCUUGAGGGAUUUGACGAAUUCAUGAAUGUCGUGGUCGACGAGGCUGCAGAAGUGUACGUCAAAGACGCCAAACCACGACGAGAGCUUGGUCGUAUACUACUAAAAGGCGAUAACAUUACCCUCAUCCAACAGGUGGUAUGA